CCGAGACGCGUCGACCAACACACGAGAGUUAAGAGCUUGCGAAACGCCACAAGCGAAGGCGUCCAGCAUCCCGCGUUCCACCUCUAAUCCUCUAUCACCGUCAUCGACGUCGGCCUAGCUCCGCCAAGCUCCCGAGCUCCAUUCCCUCGAGGCCACUACCCUCCGGCAGCCCCGCUGGUAGAGUCUCACGGUCGGCGGCGGCGGCAGCGAGUUCUGCUUCCGGUGGGAGGACGCGUGGGCGAUGGCGGUGGCGUGCGGGCGCCUUCUCCUCUUCCUCCUCUCGGCCGCCGCCCUGGCAGGGGUCGCCUCUGCCGCUGGCCCUUUCUUGUCCGACGGCGUGUUCCAGGUGAGCGCCGGAUCCACUGGGAGGAGCUUGUUGCAGGCCAGGAAGGAUUGCCCAGUGAAUUUUGAGUUCCAAAACUACACAAUCAUCACAAGCAAGUGCAAAGGGCCAAAAUUUCCUGCCAAACAAUGCUGUGCCGCUCUCAAGGAAUUCGCAUGCCCAUUUUAUAUGUACCUCAAUGAUGACAGCAGCAGCUGCGCAACAACAAUGUUCACCUACAUCAACCUCUAUGGCAAGUACCCACCAGGGCUGUUCUCCAGCGAGUGCAAGGAAGGCAAGUUGGGGCUUUCGUGCGCAGAUGUCCCUCAGAGAGACAUUACCACUGCAAACGGUGGACAACACGCUCAAAGCAGCUUGCUUGCAUGGAUUACUGUCUUGAGUGUGGUAGUAGCGUUGUUGUUCCACUGAACGAUAACUCCUUUCAUUUCCCUCAAAGAUAGGGUGUUGCAACUGAUGAGGCUUGAGUUUGAUCAUGGCGCCUUAUGGUGCUCAUCGUGAGUCCGUUGCCACGUUCUUCCUUUUAUGUGUAAAAUCUCUUGUAAUGUAAUUUACUACUUGUUGUGUAUUAUCUGGAAUUAGAUUUGUCAAAGUUGGUGUUCAGCUCAAACUCAACUCAACCCAACAGUAUCAUUGUAUUGUCAUAUCAAUUAUCAUUCAUAUGAAUAGUGGCCUAUUUUUGUUUGGUAAGA